ACAAUAUCCAACAACCACCCACAAUUAUCAUUAUUAUUUUUAUAUAUUUAUAUAUUAUACUCAAUUUCGGUAGAGACUUGGUAUUGGAAUGGCUCAGUUACUCUCUCCAGUCCAAAAUCCUUCACUGAGUCUGUGUCCAAGAACCACAUCAUCAUGGCGUGUAAUGCCAAACGGUGCAAAUUCUUGGAGCUUCGUAACACACAAUGGUAACAGAAGAGGCUUCAAUUUUGGAAGGCUCAGAGUUGCCGCUGAGGAAUCUUUUUCUACCACUGAUGCUGUUGCUGAUGACUAUUAUGCAGUUUUGGGCUUGCUUCCGGACGCUACACCGGCACAGAUCAAGAAGGCCUAUUAUAAUUGUAUGAAAGCUUGUCACCCUGAUUUGAGUGGCAAUGACCCGGAGACUACAAAUUUCUGCACAUUCAUCAAUGAAGUCUAUGCAGUGCUAAGCGAUCCUGUUCAACGCAUGGUUUACGACGAAAUUCACGGUUAUUCUUUGACAUCAAUAAAUCCCUUCCUCGAUGAUUCUAGCCCAAAGGAUCAUGCUUUUGUUGAUGAAUUCAGCUGCAUAGGAUGCAAAAAUUGUGCCAAUGUGGCCCCUGAUGUGUUUUCAAUAGAAGAGGAUUUUGGAAGAGCCAGAGUAUACAGCCAAUGUGGGAACCCUGAAUUAGUUCAACAAGCAAUUGAUACUUGCCCUGUUGACUGCAUUCAUUGGACUUCAGCUGCACAAUUGUCACUACUUGAAGACGAGAUGCGCCGUGUAGAGAGAGUUAAUGUUGCCCUAAUGCUUUCUGGUAUGGGGUCAGCAUCAAGUGAUGUUUUCAGAAUGGCAAGUAGCAGAUGGGAAAAGAGGCAAGCAAAAGUCUUGGAGCAAGCAAAAGUGAGAAUGAUGAAGCAGAAAGGUACUGAUGCAACAAACUCAUACUGGGACAACUUAUGGGCAAAACCAAAAGAAUACCAAAGUUCAGAGGAGGAAGUGAAAGAAAGAGCAAAAAGAGCUGCUGCUGCUGCUAGAAGAUGGAGGGAGUACUCAAGAAGGGGUGUUGAUAAACCUCCAACUUUUAAGCUUCCAGAAGCUGCCUCAAGCAACGACAACUGACCCAAUAUUUUACACUCUAUCUUCUAUGUAACUACAAAUCCCCUGUAAUUAAUUCAUCCAUUGACCAUAGUCUAAAAUUAAAUCAUGCAAGUCUAUUUCUUAUUGUAUAUGCAACAACUCUAGUCAAGUAAAUAUAACACGUUAUUUACAAGGGUAAGAUAUAAUAAUAAUAAUGUAAUAAUAGAAGAAAGUUACUUUACUUCAA